AUGAUUGAAAAGUAUUGGAACGAUGAGGAGGAGUGGCGAGGGUAUCACCCGAACGCGUGCGACGAGGAAAACAAGUUUGUCGACGCGGCGGAGGGGAAACUGUUGACGGUGUUUUUAGACUACGACGGGACGCUGGCGCCAAUCGUGCCGGAGCCGGAUAAGGCGUUCAUGAGCGACGAGAUGCGGGAAGCGGUGCGGCAGUGCGCGAAAAGGUUUCCCACGGCGAUCAUCAGCGGUAGAUCGAGGCAGAAGGUGUCGCAGUUCGUAAAGCUGGACGAGUUGUACUACGCCGGGUCGCACGGGUUGGACAUCGCGGGGCCGAAGACGACGACGGAUGGCGAGCCGAUUGAGAAGAAAUUGGCGCAUCAACCCGCGCAGUGGGCGCGCGACGUGAUGGAUCGCGUGACGAAGGAGUUGAUCGAAAAGUGUGCGGACAUUCCGGGGACGAACAUCGAGCACAACAUGUUUUGCGUCUCGGCGCACUACCGCGCGGUUUCGGAAGAGCUCAGGCCUCGCGUCGAAGCCGUCGUGGAUGAGAUUUGCGCCUCGGAGGAGUGCUUGAUCAAGCACGACGGUAAGAUGGUUUGGGAGGUUCGGCCACGCGUGGCGUGGGAUAAGGGUAAGGCGCUGUCGUACCUGCGAGACGCCCUGCUCCCAGACUUGAGCGAGAAGGGGUUCAGACCCGAAGACGUCUUCACAAUUUACAUCGGCGACGACGUCACGGAUGAGGACGCGUUUAUGGAGAUUAACGAAGAAUUGGGCGAUCACUUGGGCGUGGGACUUCUGGUGUCGAGCUCACCCAAGGUGAGCGCGGCCAAGUUUAGCCUGCGCGACUCGGGUGAAGUAUUGCGGUUCCUCACUCGACUCCGCGAGCUCGGCGACGCGGGCACGAUCAAAACGCUGCCUUGA